AUGGCUGACAACUUGAACAUAAAUGGCCUCAAUCUCAACGGUGGAGAGCGUCAGUCCUACAUCCCUCCCCACAUGCGAGGCAAGAUGGGUGGUGCUGGCCAAGGACCCCCACCAGAAGGGCCGCCGCCUAUGAACGGAGGCAUCAACGGUAGCGCAUGGGCUCCCCCGCCAGCUGCAAACGGCUAUGGCGCAGGACCCCGUCCCGGAAACUGGGCCAACGCUCCCAACUUCACUCCUGGCGCUCCAGGUGCCGAUCCGAUUCCCGGCCAAGCUCCUCCACCAGCAGCGGCAGCAGCUCGUCCUUCAUGGGACUCUGUUCCGCAGGGUGGGUUCAACCGGAAUGGAUACGGAAACCCGUCAUCCGGUGGUGGUGGUGGUUCUUCAGCUCCUCGCGGAGGCGGCGAUGGCCGAUGGACUGAUGGAAAGCACAUUCCUGGACCUGUUAAUUUGCGUGUUGAGCGUGAGCUUUUUGGUGUGCCCGACGACCCAAGCAAGCAACAGACCGGUAUCAACUUCGAGAAAUAUGACGACAUACCAGUCGAGGCUUCAGGUCAAAAUGUCCCCGAGCCUACCACAAAGUUCACGAACCCUCCUCUGGACGACCAUCUCCUCAGGAACAUCGAGCUUGCCCAUUACAAGGUCCCAACACCAGUCCAGAAAUACUCGAUUCCUAUUGUCAUGGGUGGCCGAGAUUUGAUGGCUUGUGCCCAGACUGGUUCCGGAAAAACUGGUGGUUUCUUGUUCCCCAUUCUCUCCCAGGCUUUCAUCAAUGGUCCAUCUGCUGCCCCAGCUGGAGCCGGCGGCAACUUCGGACGUCAACGCAAGGCAUACCCAACAUCCCUGAUCCUUGCUCCUACGCGUGAGCUUGUCUCCCAGAUCUACGAGGAGUCCCGCAAAUUCGCUUACCGAUCAUGGGUCCGCCCUUGUGUCGUUUACGGAGGUGCGGAUAUCGGGUCCCAACUUCGCCAAAUCGAGCGUGGAUGUGAUCUUCUCGUCGCUACUCCAGGUCGUCUUGUUGAUUUGAUUGAGCGUGGCCGCAUCUCCCUGUGCAACAUCAAGUACUUGGUUCUCGAUGAGGCUGAUCGUAUGUUGGACAUGGGUUUCGAACCUCAAAUUCGAAGAAUUGUUGAAGGUGAAGACAUGCCUGGUGUUCAGAACCGCCAGACUCUCAUGUUUUCAGCCACUUUCCCCCGCGACAUCCAGAUGCUGGCCAGAGAUUUCUUAAAGGACUACGUCUUCUUGUCUGUUGGUCGCGUUGGUUCCACCUCUGAAAACAUUACCCAGAAGGUUGAAUACGUUGAGGAUAUGGACAAGCGCUCUGUACUUUUGGAUAUCCUCCACACUCACGGCGCCGGUCUUACCCUCAUCUUCGUUGAGACCAAGCGAAUGGCUGACUCAUUGUCGGACUUCUUGAUCAACCAAAACUUUCCAGCCACGUCCAUUCACGGUGACCGCACUCAGCGUGAGCGUGAACGUGCCUUAGAGAUGUUCCGUAACGCUAGAUGUCCAAUCCUCGUGGCCACCGCUGUUGCAGCUCGUCUUCAACUUGUGUCAUUUGCUAAUCAACUUUCAACUCUUCUAGGCGGAUUGGACAUACCCAAUGUGACUCACGUGGUCAACUACGAUCUCCCAACAGAUAUUGAUGACUAUGUUCAUCGUAUCGGUCGUACCGGUCGUGCCGGAAACACAGGUAUCUCUACUGCAUUCUUCAACCGUGGCAAUAGAGGUGUUGUACGUGAUCUCCUUGAAUUAUUGAAGGAAGCCAACCAAGAGGUUCCUGCUUUCCUUGAGAACAUUGCUCGCGAGGGCGCUGGAUUCGGAGGCGGUGGUGGCCGAGGUGGUGGUCGCUCUGGAGGCCGAGGCCGUGGAGGUGGAGCCAACCGUGAUUUCCGUAAAUUCGGCGGUGGUGGUGGAGCUGGAGCUGGCAGCGGUGGGUUCGGCGGCGGAUAUGGCGGACCGCCACCUCAAUCAUAUGGAGGAGGUGGUGGCGGUUUUGGAGGUGCCCCCCUGCACCUGCUUAUGGUGGCGCUCCUGCAUAUGGCGGAGGUGGUGGAUACUCUGGCGGCGGUGGUGGUGGAAGCUACGGCAACCCAUCCGGUGGUGGUGGUCAAUCUUGGUGGUAAAUGUUCCACCUAG